CGGGGCGCGCGGGCCAUGGAGCCGGCGCGCUCGCCCCCCGCGCGCACCCGCCCGCCGCCGCCCCCCGCCGCGCGGCCCGCGCCCGCCGCGUCCCGGCCGCGCUCGCCCGCCGAGGCCGAGGCCCGCGCCGCCGAGGGGCAGCUGCGGCGAUCGGGGUCGGGCUACGAGGGCAGCCACAGCUGGAAGGCGGCCCUGGAGGACACCACCACCCGUCUCCUGCUGGGUGCCAUUGCAGUCCUCCUGUUUGCCAUCCUGGUGGUGAUGAGCAUCCUGGCGUCCAAGGGCUGCAUCAAGUGCGAGGCGCCGUGCCCCGAGGACUGGCUGCUGUACGGGCGCAAGUGCUACUUCUUCUCCGAGGAGCCGCGGGACUGGAACACGGGCCGGCAGCAGUGCCACUCGCAGGGCGCGGCGCUGGCCGUCAUCCAGAGCGAGAAGGAGCUGGAAUUCAUGUUCAAGUUCACGCGGAGGGAGCCCUGGAUCGGCCUGCGCCGAGUGGGGGACGAGUUCCACUGGGUCAACGGGGACCCGUUUGACCCGGAGAUGUUUCCCAUCUCGGGCCUCGGGGAGUGUGUCUUCGUGGAGCCCACCCGGCUGGUGUCCACCGAGUGCCUGAUGACCCGGCCCUGGGUGUGCAGCAAGAUGGCCUACACGUGAGGCCCAGCUCCAGCCUCCUGGUGGCCUCUGGGACAGCAGCGUCCUCAGCGACCACCCCCUCCUCCCCGGAUCCUCUGGCCCAUCAGCUGGGGCAAAAAAAAAAAAAAAACUGUUGGAGCCGAGUCGGUGCGUGCAGCCUGGUUCCCGCAACUCGUCUGCGCCCGCGUCAGACCAUGCGCCACAGGCCCUGCGUGACGGGGGCGGGAGCAGGAGGGGGAGGACGCUGUCUCUCAGCACACGGCCACCGCCGCCGUCGCUGAUGCGUCUCGAGGGCUCCGGGGGACCUGAUGGGACUCUCGAGGCCCAGCCGAGAUGAAGGUCUUCCCCCGCUUCAUGCUGGGGCAGCCCCUGCCACGCAUGUACUUACUCUGUGACUCUGCGUGUGCGCGUGUGCGUGUGCGUGUGUGUGUGUGUGUGUGUGUGUGUGUGUGUCUGUGGAGGGGGAGCUUGCCUCAGUCUCCCCCGUCUUGGCGCCAUGAGUAGAAGCCGGCCCCAGGGCUGGGAGAGCAUGGCAGUGAGGCACCGGCCUGGCAUGCAUCCGGCCACGCAGCGCUACGUGGUCCCCUGAGUACUGCUGGGUGCAUCUCUGGGGGGGUCCCCGGCAGCACCACACCCCGUUUUGACAUUGACCCUCUAUUCUAGUUGGCCAAGAAUCACUGGGUGGGGGGCGGGGUUGCCUCCUGAGCACCCCCCAAAAAAGAAAUCAGGCCACUAACAGGGGAAGGACUCAUGGCAGUGUCUGCAGGUGGCCUGUGACCACGGGGACCAUCCUACCAAAAGCACAAAGGUGGCUGGGGGAGUCCAGACACGCCUCCCUGUGGGGUGGCCAGGGGGCUGGGGGAGUCCAGACGCGCCCACUGUCCCCCGUGGGAUGGCCGGGGGGCUGGGGAGUCCAGACGCGCCCACUGUCCCCCGCGGGGUGGCCGGGGGGCUGGGGGAGUCCAGACGUGCCCACUGUCCCCUGAGGAGUGGCACAGGAAGCUGCUUCAGGCUCUUCCAUGUCUGCCGCCAAGCCCAGACUUCAUGCCUGGGAUCGAAGUUGGGCAGCCCUGCACUGCCAGGGCGGCCUGGCACGGCCUGGCCCCAGCCCGGUCGGCUCUGGGCUGGGUCCACCUGCGCGCUCCGGCUCAUGCUAACACUCUUCCCCGGACCAGUAGGAAUGGUGGUGCACGCCUCAGGACGGCCGCGGUGGAGCCUCGGUGCUGAGAGACGGCCCCGUGGUCACUCCCGGUCCCCGUCCCGGGUCACACAGCGGCAGACCCAGAGAGCGCCUUCCGGGUGCCAGCGCUGCCCAGGCCCCUCGCCGCAUGCGCUUGCUUUGUGAAUGCGCUUCUCGGUCCCUGCCCCUCCGUGUGGCGGUGUGGCCUCUUCCCAGGGGCCUAGGCCAGCUUCGUCCAGGUGCUCAAUAAAGAUGCCGGAACCCA